ACAUCGAUAUUUAUAAUUAGAAUAUAUGAUGUGAAUUUUAAUAAUUAAAUGCGUAAUACAUUCAUCAUUACAAUAAUAUACAAGCAACUGGAUCGUUUGUUCUUUGGACAUAAUAAAGGGCUAAAAAGUAGCGGGGAUCAGUAAAGGAAGAUUCCAUCAAGUUAACAUGGAGACCCAAAGCAGACAUCGCACCCACAGACAUUGUUACAGUGAUACUGCUGUGUUGUGUUUAUCAAAGAGAACCAGGCAGAUAUGUACACGAUCAAAUAGUGAUAGUGGACAAUUAGAAACAUAUUCUAAUGACCUUUAUUUUGACAGAAAAGUUCAAACAUUUAAGCAAGGUCAAAUGACGAAAAAGACAGAACAAAAAGCAAGAUGUUGCAGGUUAUUCCAAGUGUAUAGCUGUUGUCUUGAAGUACAGAAAUAUUUUCGUAAGAAGUUGAAGCUUAUUCUUGCAUUACUGUACUUAUGUCUCAUAGUCGGGCAGAAUGUUUACAAUGUGAAAUUCAAAAAGGAUCAGAAACAUUUUGAACAAAACAAAAUUUGUGAAAACUUUGUUUUAGCUGAUCUGUUGAAGGAAAAUAAUCAUUUUGAACAAGACAAGAUUGGUGAAACCUUUGUGUUAUCUGAUUUGUUGAGGGGAAAGAAACAUUUUGAACAAGACAAGAUUGGUGACACCUUUGUGUUGGGUGAUCCGUUGAGGGAAAAGAAACAUUUUGAACAAGACAAGAUUGGUGACACCUUUUUGUUGGGUGAUCCGUUGAGGGAAAAGAAACAUUUUGAACAAGACAAGAUUGGUGACACCUUUUUGUUGGGUGAUAUGUUGAGGUUCCAUUCGUUUUUAUUGUCUGUGGAGAUUGUGAUGCCUUCUAAUAUGGACAAGUACUUUAAUAACAUGGCAAACGGCCAAAGUCAAAGAGCUAAUGAAUCGAUGUCAGUUGAAAUGAUACGAAUAUAUUCACUACGUAAUUUUCCGCGAAACAUAAACAUAAGCAUGAUUCGUCUUGCACGAGCUGGAUUUUAUUCCACCGGAAAUUCCACUGAAACUAGAUGUUUUCGAUGUGGAGUAACUUACCGCAACUGGAUUUCUGGAGAUGAUCCUAUGCAUAUUCACAGACAUCUCUCGCCUACCUGUGACCUCGUUUUAAAUGGUGAUGGACGGGACAAUGUUAGAGAGGAAUUGCAAAAUACUAGAAGACAGGAUAUAUCAAUAGGGAAUGUAUCAUUGCGUUCAAAUGAAAACAUUGGUUCGUUAAAUAAUGUAACCAGCAGACAGCAUCAUCAUGAUGUUAGUCAUAUUAAUCCGUCUGCUAGAAAUUUUAGCCACCAUAAUACUGUGAGAGAUAAACCCACUGAAAUUUCAAUUCAAACGAUACAAAGCCAUGAUAGCAACACUAAAACUAACGGUUAUAAAACUCCCACCAAUAACUGUAAAAUCAAUUCACAGAAUAUUGCUUUAAGUAAUAAUUCGCCAGCGUCUGAUUAUGAAAGGAAUUGCAGUAAUAAUCCGGAAGGUAUCGAUAGUCAAAAUCAAAUUCCAAGAUACGUAAACUAUUCUCCUCUUCAAAUACGAAUAAGUUCAUUUGAAGGAUGGCCAGGAUAUUUGAACCAAACACCGCGUGCGAUGGCGUUAGCUGGAUUCCUGUUUGCUGGGUACCAUGAUUACACAAGAUGUUUCCACUGUGGUGGAGGACUGAGAAACUGGGAAGCAGGUGAUGACCCAUGGGUUGAGCAUGCACGUUGGUUCCCGCAAUGUGGGUUCCUACAAAUAAACAAGGGAGAGAACUUCAUACAAGCUGUAUUGAAAAAGCAUGACAUGGAACAAAGAGCUAAAGGAAACAGCACCUUCAGUCCUAAAGUAGAUAGAACUGUAACAACUAAUAAGAAUGCAACCACGUCUUCUGCCUCUGUGUCCGGAUUUGACCAGAGUAUUAUGUGCACGCCUAGUCUCCAUGUACCAGAACAAGCAAAAUUCAUAAAUACCUCAUCGGGCAUAGAAACACUUACUAAUAAUGAUAGAACCACUUCUGCUUCUAGGGUGAUUAAUACUAAUUCUGAUUCUACAACAAAUAUAGAACAUACAGAGAGGAUAUUACAAACUAUUGCAGCUAGAACUGUUUUAGAGAUGGGAUUUACCAGCCAUCAAGUAGUCGAUGCUGUACGUGAAAUUCAGAGAUUGAACUCAGGUGACGGAGGUACACAUAUUUCAGCAACAGAUAUAAUGAAUGUUCUCCUAAGAGAGGACAACCACCAAACAACAGAAGUUUUGAAUGUUACGGAAACUAGCGCAGCGGAAGGAAUGGCUGGCGCUUCUUUUGAUGACACUGAUUUGAUUUUAGAAGAAAACAGACAGCUUCAAGAACAAAGACAGUGUAAAGUGUGUAGAGAGUUUGACUCUACUGUCGCUUUCUUACCAUGCGGACAUAUCGUAUGUUGUACAGACUGUGCUCCGGCAAUGCGUAAAUGUCCCGUAUGUAAAACGUAUGUUAAAGGUACUGUGAAGACAUUCCUUGCAUGAGGUGAAUUAAAGGAUUUUGACGAGUAAACUGAUCGUUGAUUUGAAAACGCACUGAAUAUCUCGUCGAUGUAUUUGCACAAUAAACUAGAACAGACAUUUACAUUCGUUUAAACGUAAACGUACAGAUUGUCCAUCUACUCCAUCCUUUCAUCUAUUGCAUGAAGUAUUCAACGAUGAAAUUAACAAGCAGAAGGAAAUAGUCAUGAUCAGAUUGUUGUGACUGUGAACAAUUCUUUUAAUAAAAAUAUUAACUCAGACAACAUCGCAGUUAUCUUACCUAGUUGAUGGAAAAACUUUUGUUGUUUUCACAGCGACUAAAGAUAGAUAUUAAAAACUCAUAGUCAUUCUACUUCAACCGUCACAAUGACUGUUCUGGUUAUACUUAACUAGAUUUUUCUUGCUUUAUUUAAUCAAUGAAAGUUUUUUUUGGUAAACCCUAAUUGAAAUGUUUUACUUUGUUAAAGAGAUUUUUAAAAGAUGUAAAUAUUUGAAUUAAAGCGAUUUAAACGA